UAUACGUUUUUUUUCUUCUUCUUUUCAUACACGUAGUACGAGUCGUACAAUAGCGAAACUCAGUCUUUCCGGACACUUUGUCGUCAGGCUUGUUACCUCCUCUCACUUUCGUGAAAUCUAAAUAGAAAAAAAAGAAUUCAACAAAAUAAUUUAUUGCAGAAGAAAGAAUGUGCACAAUCCAAAGAGAGAAAAUUCAUCGGAGCAAGAAUUUGAGGAGCGGGAGGACAGCAUCAGAAAUUGAGAAAUUUUCACUGCGAAACGUCGCUCGUGCAUCCCUGAAGGGCGUAUUCAACGCGAUAUCUCAUGUAUGACCAGGAUAUAAAUGGUGAAACUCAGCAAAUUAGAGAGUCACUCUUGUCAGCAAGCUCUUCGAAGUCGCGUGUGCGAGGAGAAAUGUGCUGCGAUUUUCAAGCAAACAAAUAUCGGGCAUAAUCCAAUAAAAUCGAGAAUCAAAAAUAUUGUUUUUUCGGUUCAAUAUCGACGUGAAGGGGGCAUUUGAAAAAUCGCCAAAUGACUUGAUCUUCGAGGACGUUCAAUAUGCACGUAAAAUGUGGUCUGAUGAUUUUGUUGGGUGUUGCGAUCGGGAGUACGCACUCGGUGAGCGGGGAAAAAGGAAAAUACGAUUUCGUAAAGCCUUCGACGUCUCAGGAGCUUCCGGAGGACAAACGUUCGCCAAGUUUCAACGAUCGUCUGAAAGACUCCGCGAAUAAACAUCUGGAGAGUGGAAAAUCUGAGCGUCUUGAGAGUCAGGAAAAAGCGGACUCUCGACAAGAAAAACAAACGAGGACUAUUCUUUCUACUCCUGGAUCAACGGAGGGUGGAGGUCUCAAUUGCUGCGGAUCGAGAUUCGAUGUUAGUUCGCAAACUCAGCACGAUUCUGGUUAUCCUGGCCAUCGUGGUGGAUUAAAAACUUCCUCGGAGCUUCCGAGAUAUCCUUCGCGUUAUGGCAAUCGUCCAGACGACAGACCCGGGUGGCAAAGCUUCAAUCCCGGAUCGUCGGGACGACGAGGAAGCGUCGGACCAUCCCCGGGAUCAGGCUCAGAUUUAUAUGGACCGAAUACAGGGGACAAGUAUGGAACGAGGCCGUCAUAUUACGGAGACAGCGAAUACGACAGACCGGGAAGUGGUGGAAAUCGUCCGGGAAGACCGUAUUAUGGAUACGGUGGAAGUUCUUACAGCGACAACGGAGCUUACGGGAGUAGCGGCUACGAAGUGAAUCGUCCAGGGCAUGGUUACGGCGGGCGACCUCCUGGUGGAAUCAGUUUUCACGGUAAUCGUCCCGGGUCACAUGGCGGUGGUCACGGAAUCUACGGCACGGUUGGAAACCAGGAAGACGAGUUUCCUGCGGAGGAACCGCCCAGUGAGGAACCUCCGAAUCCGGCGAUGAAUAAUCUCGCAACUCAAAAGGCUGUGGCACUCAAAGCUCUCGCUGGUGUCGCUUUGAUCGGAGCUGCAGCUGCGCUCGCCACGAAUCCAGUUUUGUUACCGAUCGGUGUAUUGGCUGGAAGGAAAAAAAGAUCGGUUAACAUCCCAGUAGAGAUCGAGGACAUCGAUAUUUAUAAAUUGACGAAAUUGUUGGAAGAUCGAAUUCCAAAGGUCUACAGAGAAAAACUGCGAAACGAAGUACUGGAUUCGCCUUCUUGCGUGGCCAGGCUCGUUUGCGAAAUUGACAAAGAGUACAAAGCUCAGAGGGAAAGUAAUAAUCACGAUGAGAAUUGGGCAAACGUGUACGAACGUUUGAAACAGCAUGUGGCGAAUUUAAUCGAGACCGAAGCUUUGGACGCAGAAACGCUAUACAAGAAUAUAAAACAGUUGAUGAAAUCGGCGGAAACGUACGAAGGCAAGUGCGACGUUUUCGUCUGUGAUUUGCCUAGAGACCAACAUUUCAUCCCCUUAAUUUUGACGUACUUUCACUGAAAUGUUGGCUGAUGGAAAAUUUUUCUGACAAAUGUUCUUCGAGUGAGAAAAAAAAACGUUUUUAUCAUGUCAAACCAUUCAAACAUUCGAGCAUCUCAUAUUUAUUCGUUACAAAACUCCUCCUCGAAUCUGAUCGGCGAAAAAAAAUCGUUCGUUGUUCAUCACAAUGUAUCAGAAUAAAAUAAUUAAAAAAAAAAAAAAAAACUGCAAAA